UGCGUGACUCGGGUGCGCGUCCCUGACACAGCUCCUCCCGCUCCGUCCGCAUGCACCGGGCCGUGCGCCAGCGGCCCAGCCUCAAUCUCUGCCCUGUCCCCAGGCUGCCCCUGCACCUGGCCUCGCUCUUCGUCAGCCUGGUCUUCCUGCUGGUGAACCUGACCUGUGCGGUGCUGGUGAAGACGGGGACGUGGGAGCGGAAGGUCAUCGUGUCCGUGCGGGUGGCCAUCAACGACACCCUGUUCGUGCUGUGCGCCGUCUCGCUGUCCAUCUGCCUGUACAAGAUCUCCAAGAUGUCCCUGGCCAACAUCUACCUGGAGUCUAAGGUGGGGCUCUCGUGCCGUCCAGCUGACCUGAAGAACCAGCUGGGCGACGCCGGCUACGUGGUCUUCGGGGUGGUCCUCUUCGUGUGGGAACUGCUGCCGACCACCUUGGUGGUCGUCUUCUUCCGGGUCCGGAGUCCGGCCAGGGACCUGGCCGGCCCCGCAAUGGUCCCCAACCACGGAUUCAGCCCCAGAUCUUACUUCUUUGACAACCCUCGGCGAUAUGACAGCGACGACGACCUGGCGUGGAACGUUGCCCCCCCGGGGCUUCAAGGAAGUUUUGCUCCAGACUACUAUGACUGGGGACAACAGAGCAACAGCUUCCUGGCACAGAUCGCAGCUUUCCAGCCAGACUCCGUUCCGAACCCUGACAAGCCAUGCCAGAGUAGCUUCAGCUGACAGCUCGCGGGAGACUCCUCACCGACAGCUUCAGCUGGACGGCUGAAUUCUGAGCACAUCUUUCCUUCAGAUGCAGGACUCCCACUUUUCCUUGUUGCAGCUUUCUAAUGACUCCGUAGGACUCGGCAGAUUUAUGAAACCUCACUAGCGCACUAAAAGCGAGCCUGUCUGCCUGGCGGCAGGUGUAAUAUAAAUGUACAUCCGUACUUUUAUAAAGGUGUAUUUUAUGUAGCUCAAAUAAUAAUGCUAACCUGGGGGGGGUGUGGUCUUGAGAAUGUUAUUUCAAUAGAUGUCUUAGUUUGCACACA